GGAAUUUAUCGAUUUAUCAUGGAAAAGUUUCCAUAUUAUCGUGAUAAUCGUCAAGGUUGGCAAAAUUCCAUAAGACAUAAUCUUAGUUUAAAUGAUUGUUUUAUUAAAUUACCACGUGAUAAAAGUCGACCAGGUAAAGGGAAUUAUUGGACAUUGUCUACGAAUGCCGAUGAAAUGUUUGAACAUGGAAAUUAUCGACGCCGAAAACGACGUACAAAAUCUUCUAUAUUCAUUACACCAUCCUCUUCAUCAUCAUCAUCACCACCACUCUUAUCAUCAUCAACAGGGUCAAAUUUGUCAACGUCAGUAUAUACGGCAACAACAUCAGACAAUGCAUCAUUAUCAUCGAUAUCGAAACUAGCAAAAUUUAUGAAAUUAUCUAAUGAAUCUCAAAUACCAACAGAAUCCGAUAUUUAUUCGUCUACUUCUUCUUUUUCUUCCUCUUCUCCGUCAUCUUCUUGUUCCAUAUCAUCAUUCACUUCCGCAUCUGUCUCUGCUACCUCCUCCUCCGCUUCUUCUUCUUCUUCUUCUAUUUCAUUUUCAUCAUCAAGAGAAUCUUAUUCAUCAAGAAUUAUAAAUGAUCCAAGUAUACAACAUUCAUCAUUGUCUCAAUGUUUCUAUACACCACAAAUGUAUAAAUCAUCAUCAUCAUCAGUCAAUAUAAUAGACGAUUGUAUAUAUUCUAAACAUCGUUAUUAUUUAGAUAAUCCUUCGAAUAAUCCAUUUUUACAUAAUAAAUUCAAUAUAAAUGAUCAACAUUCAACAUUAUGGCCUACUCAUCAUAAUCAUAUACAUGAUUGUGAACAUCAACAAUUCACAAUGCAGAACAAUAAUAAUAAUAAUACUCCAUUAAAUAUGGAUUUAUAUACAACUAGUUUCAAUGAUAAUAAUAUGAUGAAUCAAAAUAAAUUAUUACCCAAUAGAAAUCAAUUAAUCACUGAAUAUUAUACAACGACGACAACACCGUCAUCAUCAACAUUAUCAUCGUCAUCGUCGUCGUCAUCAUCAUCAACAUUAUCAUCACCAUUCAACAACUGUUUACAUUCAUCUACAUCUAAUAAUAAUGAUAAUAAUACUAGUAAUAGUAAUGCUAAUAAUAAUCAUAAUAAUCUCAUCAAUUGUCUGCCAGAUUUUUCCAUUCAAUCAAUAAUUGGCAGUAAUAGUGUAGAUAAACAAAGUAUACAGUUAAAUGUUCAAUAAUGAAAAGAAAAAUCAUUCAAAACUUGAACAUACAAAUACUACUAUUAAUACUACUGAUAAUCAUACUUUAAAUGUUACUAUUGUUCUUUAUUCUUUUCUUUCUCUAAUUGUUAUCGUUAAUUAACCUAGUUGUUUUAAUGUUUUAAUAUGGAAUAUAAUAACACCUUUUGUAUUCCUUGUUUAUAUUUCAUUCUACUUACCUAUAUAUGUAUGUAUGUAGGUAGGUAGAUAUUCAACCUGUGAUCUAUUAAUGGUUUGUUCUUUAACAAAAUGAAAGAAAAGAUUGAGCAUUAUGCUUUCUUCUUUCUUCUUACUUCUUUUUUUUGUUUCUUGACAAUAUUACUUGCAAAAUUACAAAAUAAUUUGAGAAAACGUUGUAAAUCUAAGAUAAUAAAUCAUUUAUACCUAU